UCGGGACGUUAUCAUAGCACAACAGGUUCAGACACAUCAUCAUGGCAACUUUGAUAAUUUCUCGUAAUUUAAUAAAUCGUUUAUCAAAAGUUCAACGAAACACCCGAAAAUUUUCAAUCUCAAACAAACUUUAUGCCACGGAAUCAUCGAGCAAAUAUGAAUUUAUCAAAGCUGAGAAAGCUGGCGAAAAAAAAAGCGUUGGCUUGAUAACACUCAACAGACCUAAAGCUCUGAAUGCAUUAUGCCAACAGUUAAUGAAUGAAUUGAGUGAUGCUAUGCAAAAAUUUGAUUCAGAUGAAUCGGUGGGAGCUCUUGUUUUAACAGGAAGUGAAAAAGCUUUUGCUGCAGGUGCAGAUAUUAAGGAAAUGUCAAACAAUACGUUUGCUGGAAAUUUAAAGGGAUCAUUUUUACAAAAUUGGAGUGAUAUAUCUAAAAUAAGAAAGCCAAUUAUUGCUGCAGUAAAUGGUUUUGCUUUAGGGGGUGGCUGUGAAAUUGCAAUGUCGUGUGACAUAAUUUACGCUGGUGAUAAGGCUAAAUUUGGCCAGCCAGAAGUCAUAAUUGGCACGAUCCCGGGAGCUGGUGGUACCCAGAGACUUACAAAAGCUAUUGGAAAAAGCAGAGCUAUGGAAAUGGUUCUUACUGGUAAUCAAAUAACCGCUCAUGAAGCUGAAAAGUUUGGUUUAGUUAGCAAAGUUUUUCCUGCGGACCAAGUAGUUUCGGAAGCAGUCAAACUCGGUGAAAAAAUAGCUUUCAAUUCACAAUUAGCUGUAGCUAUUGCUAAAGAAUCUGUUAAUAAAUCGUACGAAUUAUCACUACAGGAAGGAUUGCAUUUUGAAAAAAGAAUGUUUCAAGCAACUUUUGCAUUGAAUGAUCAAAAAGAAGGUAUGGCAGCAUUUGUAGAAAAACGUCCGCCGAAAUUCACAAACAAUUAAAAUUUUAUAAUUAUUAUAAAAUAUAAAUUUUUUAUACAAUGAUUGUUGGGUAGAUUAAGAAUUUUUAUCUUUUUAUAUUUUAGUGAAAAUAAACGUAUUAAUCAAUCGA